AUGUAUCAGUUCAAGGGCCUCCCGAAUCCCAAACGAAAGGCGGCAGCGUGGCUCAAAAAGCACGCCAUGGAAUGCGUUGUUUGGGCUGCUGAGAAGGCAAAAACAUGUGACGACGACAGCGAGGACGAAACCGAUACCGAGAGCGACGAUGACAACGACGUAGAUGACGAGGAAGGUCUUUUGAAGGAGACGGAAAAGGAAGCACUUAGGUCGCUGUCACUUGCGAAUCCCCUGGCCACUGGCGAGAUUAACAUUGCACUUUCGACAGACGAAGAAGACGACAAUUCCGAUGAAGAUGGUGUAUGUAGCACCUCGAUCGACCGCCUCGAUUUGUUGAGGGAAGCCGUAAGCAGAUCGCACCCAGAGAGUCUACGACACAGGCAAGUGCAGCAGAUGCUGAUGGAGGAGGAGAGGAAACGAGCCGAGGAAGAGAAGAGAAAACGACAGCAGCACCUGAGGCGAAAAUCCAUGCUGAGGAAGAACGGAGUGAGCACCCAGAACGCAGAGUUGCUUCCGUUAGACCCGGGCGAGGAGAUGCCCACUCCAAUUGUUCUUGAUCUCGAAGAGAAUCGAAGAGCACAGAGAGAACACCUGGUACAGCAGCGCCGCGAGAAGGCACGUUUAGUCUUCGCUGGUUCUUGGCUGCGUUCCACGGAGAAGGAACUUGACGAGUGUGUAGAAAAGUACAGUCGUACAGACGAUCCAUACAUGCGAAGUAGCCUGAUGGCGUACCAGGAGGUCCUAUCCGACAAGCUGAAGCUCCACCAUCAGAAUCUUGGGACCUUCAACACGGAGGAAGCGGUGGCGGAACGUAGGAGAGUCUGCGUGGAGCUGGGAAUACUGCGCGAAGCAGACCAGCUCAUGUUAAAAAUGUGA